ACCACCUCGAUUAUGCUGCGACUCAGAUGUUGCGAGGUGAUACCAACUCGACCUCUACCCACUGAGAAUGGGUGGGUCACUCUCGAUGGUAGCUGGCCGGUUCAGGCCUACUUCACAGUCAAUCAGACUCCGCUUGAACCAAGACGCAAGCUGCACCAUGGAAAGUGCCUCCCCAUCGACGUCACGCAUUGCGUUCGUGCCGAUGCCAACAAACUCGUUGUCAGGAUCAACCGCUCCAGACACGACAAGUCGCCGUUCAACUACGCUGUCGCAAUCGAGGUUGUCGGCUUUGCGACACGUGAGAGUAUCACACAAGCAUGCAUGAAACGUCUUGUGCCAUCUGAACGGAUUCUGAGCACGAUUAAGAAGGCUAUGACUAGCGAUGAUGACGAUCUAAUCAUGCAACCACAAUGUUUCUCUAUACACCUCUUUGAGCCGUUCUCUAACGCUAAAAUCUUCGACAUCCCGGUUCGUGGCCAAGACUGCCUUCACAGAGAAGCUUUCGACCUCGGUGUCUUUUUGGACACUCGACUUGAGCGCCCAACCCAGCCGCCCAAGGAUCGCAUCAGCAAAGUCGACGUAUGGAGAUGCCCUAUCUGCAAGGCCGACUCUAGGCCGCAGAGUUUGAUAGUCGAUGGUUUCUUAGUCACGGUACGUCAGGAGCUUGCAAGCAAGAACCUACUCAAGACACGCUCCAUCAACAUCGAAAGCGACGGCUCCUGGUCACCCGUACGUGAAGCUCAGGAUGACGAGGAAACUGAGGACGAGGCUACCCCGGCCCCCAAAAAGCCCGUCGAGGUCAUUCUUAUUGAUGACGAUUAGUCAUUCGAAGUCGUUCCUUGACGUCUUGGAUUACACCCCUCGUCACGUGCUUUCCAUCUCUGCUUUUUUGCCACAAGAUACCCAACAACACACUCCAUUUGUUUGCAUUUCCUCAGCCUUGCUCUUCUUCUCACGAAUCAUGACAUCAUUCAUCCAUUUGCCCACCCAUCACGCAUCAGUACAAGGAGCCAUAGCCGA